GCUGGAGGGGAAGAAGAGGCUUUGUUGUGAGCUCUUUCUAGGGGAAAAUUUCUGCAUCUGCUUUGUGCAAGGAGCAUUUCAAAGGAAAAUGUCCUCUAUGUAUAGCAGCCUUCAUGACAGUUAUGUUCCAAACAAAAGGAGGUCGACCAGCUGUGUGGCAUUAGCUGUGGUUUUGGGCUGCCUGACAGUCCUGGGGAUCCUGCUCGCCAUUGCUGUGCUGGAAAGACCACCGCCCCCCAAAGAUCAUGAGACACUGCCUGAAGAAACUGCCGGGAGCAAUUUCUCCACAGACCAGUGCAGCAUGGUGCUGGUGGAGAGCAUCCCAAAAUACGUGAGGUACAAAGCCAAUGCAACGUUUGGUAUUCCUCUUGAAAAAGCCUGGAAAGAUCUUCUCUCCAUGGCAACGGACCAAGUGGAUGUGUCAUCUUUUUACUGGACUUUAACUGGGGAAGACAUUAAUGUUAACUCCUCCUCUGACAUACCUGGUCGGGACAUCCUGAAAGAACUUGAGGAAUUGCCCUCCAGGAAUGUUUCUGUCCGACUGGUGACCAGUGUUCCCAGUGUUAGAACAAACUCCACAGAUUUAAAGAUCUUAAAACAGAAAGGAGUUCAGGUGAGGAAGGUGAACUUUGGGCGCUUGACAAGAGGCGUCCUCCACAGCAAAUUUUGGAUCGUUGACAGAAAACAUGUGUUUAUUGGAAGUGCCAACAUGGACUGGAGGGCUCUCACACAGGUGAAGGAACUGGGUGUUGUCGUCUACAACUGCUCUAGUCUGGCAAAGGACCUCCUAAAGAUUUUCGAGUCUUACUGGGCGAUGGGACAGUCCAACAGCUCCCUGCCACAGCCCUGGCCUGCAAAGUAUGACACUGCCAUCAACCAACAGCACCCCCUGCUGGUGAAAACUGAUAAUGUCUCCAGCAAGCUCUACCUCACAGGUUCUCCACCAUCAUUCUGUCCUCCAUCGAGGACUCAGGACCUGGAAGCUAUUCUCUCCAUCAUCUCAGGCGCCCAGUAUUAUGUGGAUGUGGCCGUCAUGGAGUACUUCCCCACCACGCGCUUUGAAAAGCCUCAGAGAUACUGGCCUGUCAUUGAUGACGCCAUCAGGAUAGCUGCUUUCGACAGGACGGUUAAGAUCCGGAUGCUGAUCAGCUGUGGACGGGAUUCUGAUCCAGCCAUGCUGCCUUUCCUUCAGUCUCUAGCUUCAAUGAGCAGCCCUCACCAUGAUGUCAGCAUUGAGAUAAAACUAUACAUUGUGCCGGUGGGAAACCAGACUGAUAUUCCAUAUACUAGAGUCAACCACAAUAAAUUCAUGGUGACUGAUAAAACAGCCUACAUUGGUACCUCCAAUUGGUCAGGUGACUACUUUUUGACUACAGCUGGAGUCGGUCUGGUGGUUUCCCAGCAUGCUCCUCACCCUAUAUGGAAGACCAAGGCCCUGCAGGGCCAGCUCAGGGCAGUCUUUGACAGAGACUGGUACUCUGAGUUUGCUGUGAAACUCGCUGACUUGGGACACCACCCUGACUGUGCACUAUCAACAUGACAGAAACUCCUUUAUAAAAGUAACACAUAAAUGCAUUUUAUAAUCAAGGUCAUUUUCAAACCAUAGCUUUCAUUUAUGUUGCUGUUUUUAUAUUGUCUUUGUCCAAAUCAGCAGUUAUGGUAGAUUUUUGCAUGUUAUAAAUGCAAAAAAAUAAUAUAAGUCACAUUAAAGUGAUUGUGCUCUGAAAUUAGGA